GCUGAAGCGGGUGAGACACAUUCGGGAGCAGGCAGCCUUUGUGGGGGCAGCGAGGGCAGAUCUCAUCCCAGACAAGCCCACCACGUCCAGCACGCACUACAAAGGACCCGGACCUGCCAAUGUCAUCAGCCAUCGAAAGGAAAAGCCUCGAGCCCUCCGAGGAGCCAGUGGAUGAGGUGCUCCAAAUCCCUCCUUCCCUGUUAACAUGUGGAGGAUGCCAACAGAACAUUGGGGACCGUUACUUCCUCAAAGCCAUUGACCAAUACUGGCAUGAAGACUGCCUCAGCUGUGACUUGUGCGGGUGCAGACUUGGAGAAGUGGGAAGGCGGCUGUAUUAUAAACUGGGCAGAAAGCUCUGUCGAAGAGACUAUCUCAGGCUUUUUGGCCAAGAUGGCCUCUGUGCCUCAUGUGACAAGAGAAUCCGGGCCUAUGAGAUGACCAUGCGAGUAAAGGACAAAGUGUAUCAUCUGGAAUGCUUCAAGUGUGCCGCUUGCCAGAAACACUUUUGUGUCGGUGACAGAUACCUUCUUAUCAACUCAGACAUAGUGUGUGAGCAGGACAUCUACGAGUGGACUAAGAUCAAUGGGAUGAUAUAGCCCACUUGUGCCUCAUAAUCUCCAAAAUACAUCUCAUGGGUGACAAAAAUACCUAGCUGUGGUGAGGAGAUUAUCACUCACAAAAUCUAUGUGCUUUGUCUAAGGAAGGGGAAAAUACAACAGAAUGCAUAGGCACUGCAUCAUGUACAAAUGAUGAUUGGGAACUGAAACUGUAGCAGAUAGAUGGAUUUCUGUUAGCAAAUUUGCGCUGAUGAUAAACUGACACUCUCAGACGUGAUGGUGAAAGUUGGGAAACCAAUAUAAAAUAACGAUGGAUUCCCUUUACUGGAAAUAUAGUAGUGAGUUGUAAAAAUAUAUUAUGGCUUUGACACUUGCAGACUAGGUUGUGCAACUGAAUUUUCUUUAUGUCAUUUCGAUUUACUCUACAUAGACCAUAAUCCCAGUGAUAAUGCAAGAAAGGACAGUGCCACGAGUGUGUAUAUGUGAGGAGGGAAACGGUACUCCACUUCCUCACAUUUUGGACAUAGAAAGAGAACCUCUUUUUAAUUUUUGCAUGGAGAUAAAUCUUUUCCAUUUGAGAAUGAAAAGUACAACCUUUGGCUGAAAUACUGCACAAAACGCACUCUGUUACAUACCUUUAAAUCUUUUUGAGAUCAGUGGAACUUAACAACAGGUGACCAGGGUGCAGGACUGCAGCCUUAAAUGCUAAGCAAUUGUUUUAGGAAAUAAAGAUGGGUAGCUGCCUCCUGCUGCCAUUGUUUGAAGGUGAGAAAUUCCACUAUUCAUUUCUAUACAAAUAUAAAUUUAAAGAGUUGUUCAGCUAUUUUAUUAACUUAGGCAAUAUCCAUAAAUGAAUUGUUGUGUGUAGUAAGAUCCUGCCAAUUUAAUAAAAAAAUGACUGAUUUGA